AUGACAUCUCCAGAAGGGGACUUUUCUGACAGCUCCGAAGAGAGUAACAAACGUGGUACAAAAGAAAACCACUUCAACUACAAAUAUAAAACCCCUGGAAAUAAGAUUGAUGAAGCUAAAGUAGGUCUUAUAAAGGAACACAUCAAACGUUUUCCAAAGUACAGUAGCUACUAUUCACGCCAAAAAGCACCAAAUAAGAAGUAUCUGGCAGGAAACCUCAACCUCAAGAAAAUGUAUCAGCUUUAUAAGGAGUUUUGUGAAGAAAAGGAAACAGAGCCAGCACGGAAAACCUUUUACCGCUAUGUUUUUAACACAUGCUUUAAUCUUAGUUUCCACAGUCCAUAUACAGACACACGUGCUACGUGUGACAAGCUGCAAAAUACCAUUGAUCAUAGAUUGCUUGACGAAAAACAUGGUGCUCUUGUUGAAAAGGAACUCCAUCUACGGAAAGCACAGAUUGCCCAGAAACAAGUGGUGGAUGCAAGAAAUCUGGUUGCUAAAGAUGCUCGGCAUGUGGCUGUAUGUUUUGUCUUACAGGAAAUGCUCCCAACACCAGUUCUGACAUGUUCACAAGCUUAUUACUCUCAACAGUUGUGGACUUAUAAUUUGUGUGUACAUGAUUUAGGUUCAGGAAAAGCUUUCAUGUUUAUGUGGCACGAGGAUCAAGCUUCACGAGGAUGUCAAGAGAUAAUGUCUUGCCUACUGAAAUUUAUUAACAGUUUGCCACCAACCAUCACGCAUCUCACUGCAUUUAGUGACAAUGCAGGAGGACAAAACAAAAAUCAACACAGAGUGAAAUUUUGGCUCUAUAUAGUCAACAACACUCACAUUCAGAUCUUUGACCGUAAGUUUCUACUUUGUGGCCAUUCAUUUAAUGAUUGUGACAGAAACUUUGGAAUUAUUGAGCGCAGUAGAAAAAUUCCACACGGGUAUUUAUGUAAUCGCCAAGGUGUCAAGACAUUUUGAGGUAGUGAAAAUGCGUGACAAGGAUUUUGUCACACUAUAUGUGAUUGAACCAUUUUUUCUAAAAUCUGUAAAGGGAAAUCAAAAAAUGCAGUGGUUGCACUUCAAAAAAGAUGAACCAAGGACAUUGUUUUAUAAAUGUUCAGAUACUCCUAAGACUAACUCACAGAACAACUCCGCCAAAAAUUAAGGGAAAAAAGUACAAAGACUGACUGAACCUUCUACCAUUUGUGCAUCACAGUUUUUACACAGAACUCAGUUCUGCUCUCCAUCCACAAGAGGAAAGAAAUCGAUUAAUCUACAAGAGAAACUAAUAAGUGUCGGCCCUUGUCAGCAGCAUGUGCAGCACAGUAUCAAGAACAGUCGAUAACAGAGAGUGAUAACUUGGAAGGUGAAAAUAACAAUAUUUUUGACAGUGAUUCAGAUUAAGA